AGAGUCAAACGAGAAAGAACUUGUUGGGAAGGAUGGUGUCAUUCCUUUUCCAGGCUGAAAAGCAAAGGGGGAGGGUCUAAUAGCUAGAGAGGGGAAGAGAGAAAGAGAAGUUGCCAUUACUGACAACUCUUACUCAGCCAGGAGCCAGAGAGGAGGAAGAAGAACAAAAGGAAGAGGGGGGACGUAAAAGGGAGAUCCACAGUGCAGCUGUGCUAACAGGAUAAAUACAGAAAAUGGAGGACUCCAGCAACAACAAGCCCUUCAUGGUGACAUCCUCUCUGAACUUUAAAGUCACCACCCCAUCCUUCUACAACCAGCCAAAGAAGUUUGCUUCUGUGGCCCCGCCACGGCCCAAAAGUCAGACCCCUCCCUCAGCUCCAUCACCAACACCAAUAGGCACAGGUGUUAUUGGCCGAGUGGGAGACCUGCCUCCACUGCCCACUUCACUCUCUGAUGACUUCCCACCCCCUCCUCCUCCUCCUCCACUGGAUGAUGAUUUGCCAGCCCCUCCCCCUGAAUGCUCCACCAUACCCACUGCCUCUGAUGCUCCCCCUCCCAUGUUUCCCGCUCCACCUCCAGUGGCAGAUGACUUGCCCCUCCCAGCUCCCCCCGAGGAGAGUGCCUGUCCACCCGCCUGUCCCUCUCCCCCUCCUCCUCCUCCCCCUCCCCCUCCACCUCUCCCUCCCUCCAGUACCAGUGCUUUCAGUGCUUCGGGGGCCCCACAGAGAUUCACGGAGAAGCAGACAAGUUUUGAUAAACAGCUCAACUCUCUGACUGGCAUGUUGUCUGAGAUGGAAACCAAGGGACCUUUCAACCCCAAGUUACCAAACCAGUAUUCAUCAGGACCAGCACCCAAGGUCUCAGCUCCUCCAACUGCUCCCAAACCAGCCCUUUCCUUCCUCCCACCUGCCGAGAUGGGUGACCGCCCUCCUCCUGCACCCUGGGCAGAAGAACUCAAAGCCCGAACAAACCGACAAGGCAAUCACAAUGCUUCACCAAACUCUGCUGCUCAGCCGAUCGCUAAAGCACCAGCUGUGGCUCCCAAGUCUGGAUUCGGAGGAAGAACAGCUACAUCAUCAUCCUCCCUGGCUCAAAAAAUCAACCAGAACCUCAACCAGAUGCCCACCUCUGUCAGCAGUGCACCUAAACCUUCCCCUCCCAUAGCUACCAGCUCUUUCCCUCCACCUCCAGCAGCUCCACCUGCACCUCCUGCUCCAGCAAAUAACAGGGCCACUGCUCCAGCUGCUAAUCACAUAAAGAGUUCUCCCUUUGUCAGUCAGAUGAAUGCAAAUCAAAACACUCCCGCUACUGUGCUGCCUCCUCAACCCAAGACCAUGACAUCUCCACCAUCCUCCUUUAGUCAGCCAAUGAAAACUACCCCUGCAUCAACGCCCUCACCCCCUGGCCCAGUUCCUACUGCGGGUGGAGGUGUUCCUCUGAACAUGAAAGAAGUGGAGGAGCUGGAGAGGAUGACCAGGGACUUCAUUAGAAACAUGGAUGCAAACCCACCAGUCAUCACCUCCCCUCCUACAGAGGUUUGUGGGCAGUGCGGUGAGGCUCUCUCACGUACUCAGCCAGCAGUGAGGGCCAUGGAUAAACUCUUCCACUCCAGCUGCUUCUGUUGCAUGUCCUGUCAUCGCCCCCUGCAGGGCAUGCAGUUCUAUGACAGGGAUGGCUCACCACAGUGUGAGGACUGCUACGUGAGUUCUCUGGCCGUGUGUUCCCGAUGUGGGGAAAGGAUCACAGACCGUGUGUUGAAGGCAGUUGGACAGUGUUUCCAUGCCCAGUGUUUCCGCUGCAGCACCUGCUCUUGCGUACUCGAGGGGGCACCAUUUAUCACUGAUGACAACAACAACCCCUACUGUGUCCAGGAUUACCACAGGCGUUUCUCCCCUCUGUGCGUGAGCUGUAAUGAACCAAUUAUUCCAGCCCCGGGCAGCGAGGAGACUGUCAGAGUGGUGGCUCUCGACAAGAACUUCCACCUCAAGUGUUAUCGCUGUGAGGACUGUGCACGCCCUCUCUCCAUAGAAGCAGAUGAAAAUGGCUGCUAUCCGCUGGAUGGCAAGAUCCUGUGUAUGAAGUGCCACACCCAACGAGCCAAGCAGGCUGCGCAGUGAUUGGCUAAAGCGGCAUCACUCAGUGUAACUAUGAACCAAAUCCAAAAGCACAGGAUUCAUCCAGCUGCCGAUUUGCCUUUGCAACAGGGCUUUGUUCAGUAUAUGUGCGCAGGUAUGUGGGUGAAUGUUCAGCGCGAAUACGUAUGUUUGCAUGCAGAUAAAGUGUAGUAUUUCCUCCAUCUUUGUUCACUUUAUUCAGUGCAGAGGUAAUGUACUGCACCGAAAUAGUUUUUAAUCCACAUCUUUUAUUUCUCCAAUCUCCUUUCUAGCCUUCUUUGUGUACUGGAGCAUUUUUUUUUUUUUUUUUUUUGUGCCAAUUGUAUGUUUACGCUAAAAAUUGCCAGCAUAACUUGCACAAGAACAGUUGGGUCAAAAGUGCAGUCUGAUAAAUAUAAAGUUGCCUUUCUCUGUUUCUUGCCUAAAUAUUGGUAGUAGCAUCAAACUGGUUUCACUGGCUUUUUUCAUUCUCUGAGCAUUUUAACUAUGCUUUUGUGCCUGAGACCGAUUGAUACCAUUGGAUGAGGAGGGUAAGAAACCUCCCAGUUAACAGUCAUGCAGAUUUCGCCACCCUGGUUGGCUGAGAGUAGAGUAUAUCUUUCAGAUUUGGGCAGUUGUUGCACCACCAGGCAUGUGUAAUGAUGCUUUUCUGUCUAGAAAGUACUUCAUAUCAGCCAGUCUACUCUAAUCGCGUUUUAUAGUCACAUAGGGCUUUAAGGCAGCUGCAAAAAGAAAAACGGUGAAUGUGGCUUUCGGUUUUUGUGAUUUGAAUAUAAUAAUUUACAGGCAUGCAUUGAAUUAUGUCUUGUUGCUCUCUCGACUUGAUGAUAGUGUAUAAGGGCAAGAUGAGAACAAAAAUCAGCCAUUGUCCCCUGUAAAAUAGUUCAGAGCUGAUUGAACUGUGCUGAGUAUUUUUUUAGAUGCAUGCUACGUGGAUACAGAAAUUACGAACAAACAGACGAGCACAGACUCCAUCUCCGGGAUCUCCCGAUUUAAAAAUGGGUUUAGUUGUAACUGUCAUGGCUGCAUGGCUGAAAACAGGACCUCUCAAUUAUUGCACAGUUCCGCAUAAAGUGAAAUACACUUUCAGUAUCACUUUGAAUAGAAAAGCCCUGCACAUGAUCAAUUUAAGCAAACAGAAACAAAACAGCAGUGUUUGAUGUGCAUUUCUUAUAAUCUUUUGCUUUAUAUGAUAUAAAUCAUGGACCUAUUUUUCCUUAGUAUUAUGGUUACUUGCGCACUAGUACUAAAAUAACCUGUCCUGAUAGCAGGACAAUAGAAACAUAGAGGCAUUUGAGCUUUAGGUAGCAGAUGUUAAAAUACAGUGACCAAAUAUUUCUGUUGUUAAGGAUAAGAUCAAUAAAACAGUUUCGUGGGAUUUAAUCUUUUAACAUUCAUGGUGUUUUUGGGGUUUUUUUUUUUUUUUCCCUGUUUGAGCCCAGUUUUUGGUCCAUUUCUGUUGUUACUGUGAUUACCACUAUUCUUUCCGUUACUCAACUUAGUCUGUUUGUGUUGGUUAUAUACUAUUUUAUUCUUACCUUGCUGUUCUGUAUUUUGCUAAUAAAAGCUUACAUUUAUUCGGUUUCAUUUUAACCUGGCGCCGUGCCUUCUCCAUUAUUGUAUUCUGUUGUUCCUUCUGAAUUGAGCCUGGUUUGCAGCCACAGAACUGAAUUCCUCAGUAAGAAAACUGUUGCUUAUGCUUGCAUUGAGCCUGGUACAGUAGAACACCAGAAUGACUAACAAAACAUGGCAAUCAUUAUUCGGCAUUGCAUGCUAUCUGUGGAUGCAGUGGUGGAAUUUCCUCUAGUAUUAUGUCCCAUGUUUCCACCAGCUACUCCACCUUUUGUGGCCCUGCCUUUGUCAUCACCAUGUGAUAUUAAACUUUAAGAAAAUGCCUUCAUGGCUGCAUUUAUCAGGCAUUGCAUUGUGUUACAUCCUACUGUGUUACAUGUGGAUGCCUUGUCUUUUCAUAUAACUUUUUUAUACGUUUGAUAUGUGUGAAUGUCUUACAUUAUUUAGUCCUAUCCAUCCUUUUUGGCUGUAUCAAAAAAAUAAAGAGAAAUGCUAAACAA